GAACUAAAAAAAAACUGUAAAAAAAUUAUGUGAGGCCUAGUUUUCUGAAUCAUACACUAAUAUUUUAAUCUCACUUAUGAUCUUAUCCCUUUCGUCUUCGAAUCUUCAGUCGGUUAUCUAUAUAUAUAAGUCCUACGUACCAAAUCUCUCAUCACUAUUAUCAACUUCAAUAUAUAGUAUCUAACAGUAGAACUCAUCUUCUCUUAAUUACUGAAAUGGCUUUCCCCAGGUUUUUCAUCCCCACACUCCUCCUCCUCCUCCUGCAGGUUGCCCUAGCAACAGUUCAUGCUCGCUCAGUUGCAUUUUCUCAACUGUCAGACUUGGAGGUGCCUCAAUCUGGAAUAAUGAAUAAUGAAUAUGAGUACACACCAUCCUGUUGCGAUAACUGCGUGUGUGAAAAUAAGGAAUCACUAUCCUCAUCAUCAUGCGUGUGCAAUGACGUGAGAAAGGGGUUUUGUCCAAAAAGUUGUUCGAUGUGUUUAUGCACUCGGUCACAGCCCCCACACUGUAGAUGUACAGAUCAGAUCAAGAGUUGUCCUUCAAAAUGCACCAAUGCUCAUCAUGACUUUCAGACUCUUCUAGCCAUAAACAACAACUACUAGUACUACUAAGCUACCUAAUACCUACCUACCUACAGCUUAUAUAUAUAAAUUAAUAUAAGUUAUUCACACUAGCUACUCAUACCUUUGGUUGAUCUAUAGAGUGGCACCUGAUCAACUAACCGUAUAUAUAUGUAAUAGUGAAGUAAUACUGUAAGGUUGUCAAUUUUUACAUUGACACUACUCUAAAUAAAAAUAUAUAUGUAUAAGCUGAUCA